CAUUUCUGAUCCUGCUGCAGUCUGAGGAGAAAAUGGAGGCUCAUUUCAUCAUAUUUACCCUCUUUCUCCGUCUUCUCUGAACCUCUCGGCGGCUCCGACGCGCUCUUCGGCCGAGAAACGGACUUUAAAAAGUUGUCUCGUGUCGGGAUUUACUCUCCAAAUCUGAGUUAUUCUUGCUUCUUCUAUCACAUGGCGAAGAUUGGCAGCAUCAUGGUUUGGCUCCGCGGCGCCCUCGUGACCGGCUGCAUUUCCUGGAAUAAGCUGGAACCUGAGCCUUGAAAGCCACACCAUGGACUGCCUGUAGUACCACACCUCGCCGUCAUCCAGCCCACCAGCAUCUGCAGGAAUCAGACACACACACAGAGACACAACAACAUCAGGGACACGCAGGAGGACUCCCAAAUCUGUGCCUCCAAUCUGUGCUGCGGCAGACUCUGCACUAUUUAGGUCAGCCAGCUUGAGCGGGAUCUUUUUGGAGGGUGCAGGGGAGCGAGUGCCAGCUUGUGUGUGUGUUUCGCUUUUAGAGUAGGUGCCUGCCCUGGGCACCGAGGCCAUGAGGCCCAAGACUUUCCCCGCGGCCCCGUAUGUGGGCAACACGCGCCAGCGGCUCCAGGAGAUCAAGGAGGGUCUGAAGCAGCCGGCCAAGCUGGUGAGCCAGGCCCUGCACGGGGGCAGCUCCCGCUCAGAGGGCGGCAGAGCGGCCGACUGCAAGAGCGGGAAAGACACGGCCAGCCGCCAACAGCAGCUCCGACCCCCGCAGAAGUUCAACAACUACCAGAAUGCCUUGCGGGAAAUCCGCAAGUCCCUCAUGCCUUUUGCCAAUGAGUCGGGCCCGUCUUCAGGGUCAGGACACCCUGCAGGAGCCGGGGAGGUCAACCGGCAGAUGCUGCAGGAGCUCGUCAACGCCGGCUGCGACCAGGAGAUGGCAGUGCGGGCGCUGAAGCAGACAGGAAGCAGAAACAUUGAAGCGGCCUUAGAGUACAUCAGCAAAAUGGGUUACCUCGACCCUCGCAAUGAGUUCAUCGUCCGUGUCAUCAAACAGACCUCACCAGGAAAAGCCGGCAUGCCAAACUCAAUGGACCACCGACCUGCACUCGAGGCUCCGGGCGAGGCGGGCGCCAUGCCUCCGUACCACCAGAUGGGGGCCCCCAUGUACGAGGGGGCUGGCGGAUACGGCCCUGAGGGUGAGAUGCCUCGACCCUACAUGGGUGCUCCGCCCGUUAUGAACUACAUGAUGCCCCCAUCUGGUGCGCCACAGGGCCCCGCCAUGGGGAACCCGAUGGGGCGACCUCCCAGUAUGGGCACCUAUCCACCAGUGAUGGCCUCCCAGAGCAACCCAGCCAACCCCAUGUACCCUCCAGGGGCCCAGCAGAAGGGCUACCCCGGCAGCAUGGAGCAGCACGGGCCCAUGAUGAGCUACAACGUCCCCGGCCAGCCUCUGCAGCUCCAGCCGCAGCCGCCGGGGGGCCCCGUCCCCGGCCCCCACUAUGACUACGGCCACGCCAGGCCGCACAUGAUGGAGCCCGCAGGCUACGGAGUCAAGAGGACCGCCUCCUUCCAGAACAAGAUGGCACCGCCCCCCAUGGCGCCCCCCGACAACUACGUCAACAUGCAGGGGAAAGGCGCCAUGGGGCAGAACGGUCCAGGAGGCGCAGGAGGAGGUUACCCCGGGAAUCUGUACCUCCCUCCUCAUUCUCACCCGCGCCAGGCCAGCCCCACCUCCCACCAGGUCCACAUGAUGUCACGCUCCCCCGGCGCGGUCGCAGCCAUGGGCCCCGACUUCUCAGACAUGCCACAGGGGUUGAUGACGCCAUCCAGGGCCAGCCUCAACCUGGACCUUUAUGAGCACCACUGGGCGGGGCCUCCAGGGCCUGAAGGGGCCCCACAAGCGAGACAGCCCCAGCCCCAGGGCCCGUUCAGGGGGGAGGUUCGUGUCCCCAGCAGAACCAACUCCUUCAACAGUCGCUCUGCGGGGCCCAACGGUGUCCGACCUGCGAUGGCAGCGCCCCCCACAGCGGGAAAACAGGACCCCUCCCUGGGCCCCCCGAACACCAUCACGGCUGUAACGUCCCCGCCCAUCCAGCAGCCGGUCAAGAGCAUCCGCGUGAUGAGGCCGGAGCCCAAAACAGCUGUAGGGCCGUGUCACCCGAGCUGGAUGGCGGCUCAGGCUCAGGACGCCGCGGAGCCGCUGGCUUACAUGCCAGAGGAGACGUACUCUCUGGAGCCGGCUCAGGAGCCGCGCUGCCCUCCACCACCUUACCCCAAAAACCUGCUCAUGUCGGGGGCGGAGGAGGGAGCCGGAGUCAUCUGCGGAGCUCAGGAGCUCAACACCCCCGCCACCAGGAGCACACACGGCGGCAGCGGAGGGAGCGGAAAAGGCGAGGAGAGCCAGCAGGUGAAAGAGAAAACGAAGAUGAGCAAGGGAGAGAAAACGGUGAAAGACAAGAAGCAGAUCCAGACGUCUCCUGUCCCGGUGAGGAAGAACGGACGAGAUGAGGAGAAGAGAGAGUCGCGCAUCAAGACGUACUCGCCUUUCGCUUUCAAGUUCUACAUGGAGCAGCACAUAGAGAACGUGAUGAAGACCCACCAGCAGAAACUGAACCGCAGACUGCAGCUGGAACAAGAGAUGUCCAAGGCCGGCCUGUCGGAGGCAGAGCAGGAGCAGAUGAGGAAGAUGCUGAACCAGAAAGAGUCCAACUACAACAGGCUACGCCGAGCCAAAAUGGACAAGUCCAUGUUUGUCAAAAUCAAGACACUGGGCAUUGGUGCAUUUGGUGAAGUGUGUCUCACACGUAAAGUGGACACGGGUGCACUUUAUGCCAUGAAAACACUGCGCAAGAAAGACGUCCUCAACCGCAACCAGGUCGCCCACGUGAAAGCAGAGCGUGACAUCCUGGCGGAGGCGGACAACGAGUGGGUGGUGCGUCUCUACUACUCUUUCCAGGACCGAGACAGUCUCUACUUCGUCAUGGACUACAUCCCCGGAGGAGACAUGAUGAGUCUGCUCAUCCGAAUGGGCGUCUUCCCCGAACCUCUGGCGCGCUUCUACGUGGCGGAGCUGACGCUGGCCAUCGAGAGCGUCCACAAGAUGGGCUUCAUCCACCGCGACAUCAAGCCCGACAACAUCCUCAUCGACCUGGACGGACACAUCAAGCUGACGGACUUCGGUCUGUGCACGGGCUUCCGCUGGACGCACAACUCCAAGUACUACCAGAAAGGGAGUCACGUCAGACAGGACAGCAUGGAGCCCAGUGACUUCUGGGACGACGUGUCUAACUGUCGCUGUGGCGACCGACUGAUGACGUUGGAGCAGCGCGCCAACAGGCAGCACCAGCGCUGCCUGGCUCACUCCCUGGUGGGAACACCGAAUUACAUCGCGCCAGAGGUGCUGCUGCGCAAAGGUUACACCCAGCUGUGUGACUGGUGGAGUGUGGGAGUGAUCCUGUUUGAGAUGCUGGUGGGACAGCCGCCCUUCCUGGCCCCGACACCUACAGAGACUCAGAUUAAGGUCAUUAACUGGGAGAGCACACUGCAAGUGCCCCCCCAGGUCAAACUGAGCCCCGAGGCCGUCGACAUCAUCGGCCGUCUCUGCUGCUCUGCCGAGGACCGUCUGGGUGCCAACGGCGCCGGCGAGAUCAAGGCUCACCCCUUCUUCACCCAGAUGGACUUCUCCAGCAAUCUGAGGCAGCAGCCGGCCCCCUACCGGCCCAAGAUCGCCCACCCAAUGGACACGUCCAACUUUGACCCCGUGGAGGAGGAGGGCGGCCCCGGGGCGUGGAGCGACAGCGGGGACAGCACUCGAGCCUUGGACACCCUCUGCUCCCCGCACGGGAAGCACCCGGAGCACGCCUUCUACGAGUUCACCUUCCGCAGAUUCUUCGACGACAACGGCUGCCCCUUCCGCUACCCGAAACCGCUCGAGGCCAGCGAGGUGUCGCUGAGCAUGGGCCCGGAAGAGGAGGACGAACAGGAAGAGGAGGAGGAGGAGGAAGAGGAGGAUGAAGAGGAGGAGGGAGAGCAGGGGGAGGGAUGUGAGCCGGUGUAUGUGUAGAGCUGCAGACUGUGUGUGUCUGUUACUGCCGAUUUAACGCUCAUUGUUCACCUCGUGACCCUCCCAUCUCCCGCUGCUCUCUUCCUGUGUGUGUAUGUGUGUGUGUGUGUGUGUAGAGGUGUGCAUGCUACACAGGCGUGUGCAUAUCUGAUGUGUGUGAUUGUAAAGUUGCAGGAGCAGGACUGAUGAAUAUCGCCACCUUGUGGAAUCUAAAGCGCGUCCACUUCAAAUCCAAAACUCCCCUGAUCUGGGACCAAGAGACAAUAUUCUGCGUGUGACUGAGAGCAUCGAGGGUGAAACGGUCAGAAACUGUGCAGGCGGAGAGGAGAACGCUCUCGGGAAUGUAAGGAUGUCUGGAUCACAGGCAAGAUGUCUAAUUCGAGGACUGCCUCUUGCUGGUUUCUUGUCCCAUUCCUUCCACCCUUGUGUCUUACGGACGACUGAAACGCCUUUGUGGUGAUCCUCUGAAGCAGGAGCUACUUCCUGUUCUACCCGAGCUGCUUUACACUCAAAUAUCAGACACGGCAAUGUGAAGAGUGGAGUUUACUCUUUGA